ACGUGGCGUCUUUUACCUUAGCUUGCUUGACUGUGGCUGUCAUGUUGUUAGCCUCUCUUGUGUGACACUCCUAGCUCGGACCUGCUUCCUAGAUCGUCAAGCCCCCCCACGAAAGCAUGGCCGAGCAGGCCUCGGGACCCCCUCCGUCAUCCCAGCAUGACGAUGAGCUCCGACAGCGGGUGGAAGCUCUGGAGCGGGAGAGGGCAGAAUUCGGCAAGGUCAAGCAUCAGCUGGAGGCAGAGUUCAACCAGAAGAGAGCCAAGCUCAAAGACCUCUACUUGGCCAAAGAGCAGGAUCUGAAGAGGCAGAUGUCAGCUCUGGAGUCGGCCCAAGCCGAGCUGAGCUCGGUCCAGGCCCAGCUAGCGCAGGCCCGCUCCGAGAUUGAGACCAUCAAGGCAGUCGCCACGGUGUCGGAGAACACCAAACAGGAAGCCAUCGACCAGGUCCGCGGCCAGUGGCAGGAGGAAGUGGCGUCGUUGCAGGCCAUCAUGAAAGACACUGUUCGUGAGUAUGAGGUCCAGUUCCACCAGCGUCUAGAACAGGAGCGAGCCCAGUGGGGCCAGUACCGCGAGGCCAUGGAGAGGGAGGUGGGAGACCUCAGACGGCGGCUUACCGACGGCCAGGAGGAGCAAAACCUGGAGGACGAUAUGAAAAAGGCUCAAGAGGAUGCAGAGAAGCUUCGCUCAGUAGUAAUGCCCAUGGAACAAGAGAUCGGGACGCUCAAAGCCAAGCUGUCCACGGCUGAAGACAGAAUCAAGGAACUGGAGGCGUCCAAGGUGAAGGAGCUUAAUCACGUUUUGGAGGCCGAGAAAUCAUGUCGCACGGACUUGGAGAUGUACGUGGCCGUGCUGAACACACAGAAGUCCGUUCUGCAGGAGGAUGCUGAGAAACUCCGCAGGGAGCUUCAUGAAGUGUGUCACAAGCUGGAGCUGGAGCGGCAGCAGCACAACCAGCUGAAGCACACGUGGCAGCGAGCCAACGACCAGUUUCUGGAGUCUCAGCGCCUCCUCAUGAGGGACAUGCAGAGGAUCGAGAGCGUGCUCUCCUCCGAGCAACUGCGACAGGUGGAGGAGAUGAAGAAAAAAGACCAGGAAGAAGACGAGAAGGAGCGAUUGAGCCAAGUGAAGGAUUUGCAUGACGAAGAUGCCGCGGACAAUACGGAGCCCUUGGAGGAUAUCUUCCUGGGGAUGAGCAUCGACGAGCCGCCGACCAACCUAAGUGCCCACGGCUCCUUGCACUCCCUGGACGCCGACGUGGUGUCGGGCGGGCUGUUGGACCCCUACAAAGAGAACCUCCGGAGGGUCCAGUCCACAGACAGCCUGGGUUCAUCACCGUCGAUCCAGCAAGGCCUGAACCACAAAGCAAAGUCGGCCAGUUACUUGGACGAGUCGGACUUCGGUCCCCUGGUGGGGGCCGACUGCGGCACGCCUGACGUCGGCUCAGGCGAGGCUUGGUCCGUGGGCUCCGUCAAGCUGACGGCCAGUCACUUCCUCCUCACAAAAGACCAAGAGAAGGCCAUUAAGGCUAUGACACCCGAGCAGGAGGAGACGGCGUCUUUGCUGUCCAGCAUCUCGCAAGCCCCCGACACUGCAUUCUUACCCCCCGCGGGAUACCGACUGGUCAGCGACAGCGAGUGGAACCUGCUGCAACAAGAGGUAAAGAACGCAGGUCGAAAGCUGGGCCGUCGCUGCGAUAUGUGUUCUAACUACGAAAAGCAGCUGCAGGUUAUCCAGAGUCAGGAGGCCGACACUCGAGAUCAGGUGAAGAAACUCCAGGUGAUGCUCCGGCAGGCUAACGAUCAUCUGGAGAAAACCAUGACGGAGAAACAAAGUCUGGAAGAUUCUGUGAAGCUGGGGAACGAGGAAACCACUGCCAAGGUGUCCGCCCUCAUCCAGCGAGUCCAAGAGUCGGAAACGCUGCUCGGCACGCUCCAGGAAGCCUUCGGUGAAGCUAAGAGAAACACGCAGGCGCAGAUGGCUGUGCUGGUGCAGUCACGGGAGCAAGUGGCCGACGAGCUGAGCCGACUCCAGCGAGAUAAUGAGAGUCUGCAGGGAAAACAUCGUCUGCAUACAGAACUUAUGCAGCAAGAUGGCUUCACCAUGCCUGAAACUGUGCAAGAACUUCAAGCGACGGUGCUGCAGCUGCGCGAGGACACGGUGUCGCUACAGACGUCCGCCGAGCAUGUUGAGGAGAAGCUGAAGGCAGAGAUCCUCUUCCUCAAGGAGCAGAUCCAAGCGGAGCAGUGCCUCAAGGAGAACCUGGAAGACACGCUGCAGAUGGAGAUCGAGGGAUGCAAGGAAGAGUUAGCUUGCUUCUCCAGUUUGAAGGCGGAACUGGAGAGGAUAAAGGCAGAGAAGGAACAGUUGCAGAGCAGUUUAUCGCAAAAGACGGAGAUGCUGGAAAGCAUCCAAGCCUUGAGGAUCAGUCUGGAGCAGCAGCUGAAAGAGCUUAACGCAGCCAAGAGUGCGCUGGAGAGUCAAGUGUUUGAAGAGAAAGACAAAGCUCAGCGUUUGCAAACUGAGCUGGACGUCAGCGAGCAGGUCCAGAAGGACUUUGUCAAGCUUUCGCAGACGCUACAGGUGCAGCUAGAACGAAUACGACAGGCGGACUCUUUGGAACGAAUCAGACUCAUUCUCAACGAUACCAACUUCACUGACAUCAACCAGCUUCCGGAUACAUGAUAAGACGCCUGUGGGCAAAAGCUCUCCAACCUGUGAACAUUGGUGAUCCUCUUCUUCCUCCUCCUUUUCUUCCUCAUAACCAUCACGGAAGAAGAGUAGGCAGGUAGGAAGGAGUGGCGGCGGCAAUUUUGUGUACAUUCAAUGAUGGAGGCACGUUGAAGAACACUACUAAAAAAAUGACAAAUGUGCAGACAGAUGGAAGUCCCAUCUUGCCUGUGGACAUCCUUCCUACUGUAGAUAUGACUGUAUUAAUUCAAUUGAAGAAAUUGUCUGAUUAGCUUUAAACAAUAACAAAAUGGUGGUCUUGAAGCACUUUUUCCUUACCGGGUAACAACUUGGAUGCCCCCUCCCGCUCAAGAUUCUUCAUCUUCCAUGUUGGUAGAAUUUUUUUCGUCCACAUCAGGAGUUAUCAAACUGGGUCCAGAGAGCAUGAAUCAUUUGCAACAAGUUAUUUAACAUUGAACAAGUUAUACGAGACAAAAGAUUACGACUUACAUUAACUUUGAGGCAAUUACAAUCUGAUGAUAUCACAUAUUUUCCAAUGUAACUUUUGUAAGCAAAAGUUGUUCAACUUCAUUUGUUACUUUGUUACUUUUAAUUUCAUUUUACAACUGUAUCAUGGAAGAAUACCACUUUGUCAUAAGAUUUUUGUCUCGGUGGUGCCUUGAGAUGUGAGUUUAAUUCAAAAAACAUUUUUUUUGAAUAAGUAGCACUCGAUAGUAUAGUAUUUCGUUAAAAAAAAAAAUACAGUUUUGACAUUGCUUCAAUUUCAUUGACAUUGCGCUGCUCCUGCCAAUGCACAGUGCUCGCAUCUCUAAUUUUUGCUCUCAAGUCAAACCAAACCAGCAUCUUACAUCUGGAUAAACUCAAGUUUGGUCACUUGUAUCUCAAGGCACCUCAGUAUGUCAAACAGCUUUUUCCUCCCCGUUUUCAAAAACACAGGAUGUGAAGCUCACAACUUUUUUUUUUUCUAACAAAUUGAACUUGGUAUUGCAACAUGGGAGUUUCUGGACCCAAAAUGUUUGAGAAUCCCUCUUUUCUAGCCUUCAACAAACACACAAGAUGAAGGAAUUAAUGGAAAUACUGUUGCACGGAAUCUGAUCUAAAAGGCAAAGCUACUGUUUCUCACUUUGUGUGUGUGUUUUCUUUAAUAUUCAGUAAUACAGUGAAGAACCCUGUGAGAUGUGGGUUUUAUUCUUCAAAUUUUAAUCCCAAUUUCUACGGUCGUCAGGUAAGUACACAACUCUGUAUAACAGGAGAGCCUCCAAAGUGGAACGCAAUCAGAUUUUGAUUUCCUCCCUAAAACUUAUUAUGCAAAGUGAAUCUGCUGCUAAGACAUUCACUGCCAUUGAUAUUUCAACGUGUUUAAAUUUUAAAAAGAGUACGGGUGGGGUCAUACAUCUGAUAACUUACAGAUGAAAGAAGUCUACAAAGGUGUUGUUAGUCGCCAUUAAGAGCCAGAAUCCAUUGAAUUAAACAGUCGUUCACACAAAAUAUUUUGCUUUGUUAAAUCAAUGCUAUAUGUAUUUAUUGCAUUUGUUUUUGUACAAACAGGUUGGUAAAGUAACAUGAUUAAAGUGGAACAUUUAACAAUAUUAGUAGUGGGUAUAUCAUGUUUUAUAUGAGAGUUAUUUACUUGACAAUUUUUUAUUGUUGGUGUAAACUUAACAUCUCAAUGGAUAGUUUUCAGACAUCUAUCCUAUAAAGCAAUGGUGGGUAUGUCAUAACCUGUCUUGAUGUGUAUAUAUAUUUUUUGGGUUUAUUUUAAUCA